AUGACUCCCCCGAAAUUUGAAACAGACCUGCUAGCUGCACAGGAAAAAGUGCACUCUCUUCCUUUCAACCUUGCCCACCUAGAGACCAAGUUGGGCACAAAAGCUAUUUUCACCCCCGAUCUUCUCCAAGAGAUCAAGAACAACAAAGCUACCAUCUGUUCUGAGAUGCGGAAGGCCCCACAUUUUCGAACGUUAUCCAAGAUUGAUCACACAACCCGCUUUGGAAAGUACAAAGUUUGGGAAGAAGACGAGGAUGACGAUGACUGCAAUCAUGUUACCAUUCGACUGAUGACACGAGUGGAACUGCAUCCUGACUUCCAGUUCGAUUACUGGAAGUAUUCGAAGAUAAAUCGUAUACUCCGGGUGACUAAUCAUCUGCAAGGCGAGAAGAGCUGGGUACCUGUACCGUACGGUUUCACGUUGGAAAGCAUGGCAUGGGACGACGAGCAUGAGAACAAGAAGGUUAUGCAAGAAUACCGCGCCGCCCUUUGGAAAACUAUGCAGCUUUGGCUCAAGAGCAGCUCCCGCGGGAAGAUCAUUCAGACGACAGACAAGAUUGCUGCGCAACAUAAGUCAAUUACCAAAGUCGUUUGUUUUGGCCUAGGCGCUUUGAGCCGAGACAAAGUCUGGUACCAGUCUGCGGUACAGCACAUGACGGCUUUCACCAUUGCCAAAUGCCUGGAACGAGCAUAUAGAAAGGAAGGUGCCCACGUUCAGCCCGUCGACAUCAUUUUCCAGGAUCCGUGCUAUACACGGAAAGACCAUGAGCUUCUCCGCACAAUGUAUCCGGGCGGUAGAGUCUCCUUCGCCUCCGACCCAGAUGGCCUGCUCGCGAUCGAUUCGAACACAAUCGUGCUGACCGCUUUCCUUCCCGUUGCCUACCCUUUGAUGCAGGUAAUGGCUGACAUGUUCCAUGGCAGAAAAGGAGAGGGUCCAGCAGCUAUUAUAUGCGAUGACAUGGCCCUUGAUCUUGACCAAGAGUUGUACACUCUUAGAGAUCGGGCAUCUCCGGCAGUUGCUAGGUUUCUGACGCAAGAGUACACUGCGUCGGAUUUCAAGGAGCAUGUCCUUGAACCGGAGUUGUUUGAGGAUCUGUAUGGUGCGGAAGGUAGAUAUCGGAAGUAUUGGCUUUCAAGGAUGCGAUUUCACACAAGAAAGUGAACACCGAGGUAGUUAGGUUGAGAUAGAGUCAACAUUUUCAUCAUUUGCUCAUUGACAAUCGAGUAGUUCCAGACUUCUCCUUGUACAUGGUUAUCGCUUGCUCUUUGAGCGUUCAUCUUCUUAGUUGAGAUAAUGGACUUCGAAAAGGCUACGAAGAGCUUCAUGAUCUCUUCUUAAGCGUUAGGAGAGGUAUGAAGCAUGAAUAAUACGCUACCUAGGUAGGCGCUGGAUGAGAACCCUUGCCGAGUCAUGUGCUAGCGCGAUUGGACCCUUGCUUGACACGCGACCUCGGGAAGUGGCGGUCGUCAUCGUUCACGAACAUUCUAGCCG